AUGCGUCACUACCUCAGCAUGAGCAAAGACCCCGAGAGCGACGAUCUAUUAGCCAAGCCAGCUAAUGAGAAAGCCGACGAGACCAUUGUCUACAACAUGGCUGCCCUUGCACAGAAGCUAGGUUUCACGCCUCCAGCGCAAUGCCUGCUCAAAGCUCGAAAACCCGACAGCUAUGAGUAUUCUACAGAUGACUUCGAGCAGUCGAUCCGCCGUAUUGUUGAGGUGCUUCACUGCGGCCACGCUAUGUGA